AAAUGCAAAUAAUUUAUUUAAUUUCAAUUUGAGUGCGCGAAGUAACACAACUAUACUUGUAAUUGUGCGAAAACAACGAUAAAAUAAAUACAAAAGAUUGGUAAAUUCCGUUGCCCAAAUUAAUCAUUAAUUAAUUGCGUAUUGAGCAGUGAUUGUGGCUUCAUGUUAAUAUACAUAGUUACUAAUAGCUAAAAUGUGUUGUGAAAAAAUAUGUAUAGUUAUAAUACGAUUUAAUUGAAUUGGUUUGUGUUUAUUCCUUUUUUCUGGUUGGAAUUCUAUAAAAGAAAUAAAAAACUAUUGUAAACCGGUUUAGUGUCUGUUGCAUCGUCUUAUUUGCUUUUUUAACCGCAGAAGAAAUCUGCGUUGAUGCUGUAAUGUAUAAAAAUAAUGCGAAAUUACUAAUAGUUCAAUAAAAAGAUUGGUGAAAAGUGGUUAAAAGUUACAAAGAGAAAGCAGAAAAAAAAGAAGAAAAAGUUUAAUACAAAUUACAAAAGAUAUUUUUAUAUAAACAAUUAAAGCAGUGCUAAGUGUAUUCAAUAUUUUGCACAAUAAUUUCUUGUGCUAUGCAGUGACGUUGCAUGCUUGGCCUGUGUCUGCGUGCUUGUGUGUGUGCCGGACGACUCAUUGAAUCAUCAACGCGUUUCUAAAGCCAGAUAAAAGCCACAACUAUGCAGCAAAUAAUUUAAUCAUCGAGAGCAAUUGCGACUUUAUCACUGCACUGCUAAUUUAAUAUACAUACAUACAUACAUAUGUACGCGUACGCGUAUAUGGUAUACAUAUAAUAUUUAUUUAGCAUCAGUCAGUCUACUUUACGUAUUCUCUAACAAAACAUUGGCGGCGCAUCCGCUAAACACUCAAAGCAAAAUGUCAGCAGCAGCAGUAACUUAUUGCAAAUUAUUCACGCAACUCGCCAUAGUUUUGUGCAUAAUCAACGCGGUCUAUUCAAUUGAUUUGCUAGUCAGUCUAACUGAUGGGCUGGAUGGACCUAAUGUCUGUAAGAAACGUGAAAAUUAUCCCGUCGAAGUGACAACCACCGAAUUGCAGUCAUAUCAGGAGCGUCAAACAGUUUGGUGUCUAAGUGUGCCACCGCGUUGCUCCUCGUAUCAAAUAAAACAUCGUACUGUUAAUAAAACGCGUACGCUUAUGAAAACGCGCAUUGUGCGCGCCUGUUGUGAUGGUUACACCGAAAAUCCGGAUGGCGAUGGCUGUAUUCCGAAGUGUUCUCAAAACUGCGAACAUGGCAAAUGCAUUGCGCCGGAGAAGUGCAAAUGCGAAAAGGGCUGGGGUGGUGAUACGUGCGAUUUGAAUUGUCCAGCGGGUUACUGGGGACGUGAUUGCAGCAAGCAGUGCGAUUGCUUGAAUAAUGCCACCUGUGACCCGGCCAGCGGGGAAUGCGAGUGCGCCAAAGGAUAUCAGGGUGAGAAGUGUGGCGACACAUGUUCGCCGGAUCAUUACGGUGCCAAGUGUAUGGAGGAGUGUCGCUGUGAGAAUGGCGGCAGCUGCCAUCACAUCUCGGGCGAAUGCAGUUGUGCGCCCGGUUAUACGGGGCCAUUAUGUGAGAGUUUAUGCCCCGACGGCAAACAUGGCGUGCAGUGCAAGCAGGAUUGUCGCUGUCAGAAUGACGGCACAUGCGACCCGCGCAGUGGCGCUUGUCUGUGUCCACCCGGCUGGACGGGUGACGUCUGCGCCAACAAAUGUCCGGUUGGCUUCUUCGGCGUACAAUGCAAGGAGCAAUGCGAAUGCUUCAAAGGUGGACCAUGUCAUCAUAUCACCGGCCAAUGUGAAUGUCCGCCCGGCUAUUUGGGUGAGCUCUGCUACGAUGAGUGUCCACUGAACACCUACGGCUUGAACUGUACGGAGAAGUGCAAGUGUCAGAAUGAUGCCAGCUGCGACAAGGCGACCGGCGCUUGUCAGUGCGCGCCCGGCUGGAAAGGCGAUGACUGCAGCGAACGCAUCUGCACGUUCGACAAGUACGGCGACGAUUGUAAUAAGACGUGUGAUUGUGAUGCGCUCAACACGCACUACUGCCACCCGGAGACGGGCAAGUGUUAUUGCCAGAAUGGCUGGAGUGGCGCACAGUGUAAUCGGCCGUGUCCGUUCCUCAAGUACGGUCCGAAUUGUGAAUUGAAUUGUGAGUGUGCGAAUUCGGCGCGUUGUUCGCCGAUAAAUGGCACGUGUAUAUGCGCGCCGGGCUAUCAAGGUGAGCGCUGUGAUGAGCGCUGUCCGGAGGGACGUUAUGGACAGGAUUGCGCACAGAAAUGCGAUUGUCAGAAUGGCGCGGUUUGCUCACAUGAGACUGGUCAAUGCAGCUGCACCGCCGGUUGGCGUAACAUCAAAUGCGAUCGGCCGUGCGAUCUGAAUUACUAUGGUGAAAAUUGCAAAUUCAAGUGUAAAUGCUACAAUAAUGCCGGUUGUAAUCCACAAAAUGGCACAUGCGCAUGCGCGCCCGGCUGGAUGGGUGAGAAGUGCGAUCAGAAGUGUGAUCCGUUCACCUUUGGACUCGGCUGUGAGUUGCAAUGUGAAUGUGACGCGAAUAAUACGAUCGCCUGUGAUUCUGCGACCGGGAAGUGUAUCUGCAAGCAGGGUUGGGGAGGUGUACAUUGCGAGACAAAUUGCCCAGCUGGCUAUUAUGGUGAGAAUUGUGAUCAAGUUUGCAGAUGCCUGAACAACUCUUCCUGCGAUCCCGAUACUGGACAUUGUAUUUGUGCUGCUGGCUGGACUGGCGUUGACUGUUCGGAGCCGUGUUCGCAAGGCUUCUUCGGCGUUGGCUGCAAGGAACGUUGCCCCGAUUCGGCGCAAAAUAAUACCAGCUGCGAUCACAUUACUGGCGAGAUUGUCUGUCGUCCCGGCUACAUUGGUUUGACCUGCAAGCAUCCCUGUCCGAACGGUUACUAUGGUCCUGGCUGCAAGAAUAAAUGUCAUUGUGAAAAUGGCGGCGAGUGCAAUCAUAUCUCCGGUCAGUGCUUGUGCUUACCGGGUUGGACGGGCGCCAAUUGUAACAUCUCUUGUCCGGAUGAAUAUUAUGGUCCGAAUUGUGCGCAACACUGUCGUUGCCAAAAUGGUGGCACCUGUCGCAAGAAUGAUGGUUUCUGUGUUUGUCCAGCCGGCUGGAUGGGUACACGUUGUGAAGAAGUCUGUCCCGAAGGUUUCUACGGCAAACACUGCAUCACUCAAUGCGAAUGCCCCUCACAGAACUUCGUCUGCCACAUUGCUGUCGGUUGUGUUUGCCGCAAGGGUUACACCGGUGACAAUUGUGAUAGACUACUGGCAGAGGAACGCAUACAAGAGGCGGAUACGGGCUCCAAUCGUGCAGCCGUCGUUUGGGGUACAUUCAUAUUCCUCAUAUUGUGCGGCAUUAUUGUGGCACUCGUCUUCUACUAUCGCCGACGCGUCUCCAAUUUGAAAACUGAAAUACAACAUGUGCAGUAUAUAAGCGAUCCCAGUCAGAGUUGGGCAGAUCGCCAUAAUUUCGAUAAUCCCGUUUAUGGUUUUCCAGAGCAACAACAACAACGUUUACUCAACAAUAUGCGUCCGAACAAUUUGGGGCGUAGUGAUCUCUACACGGAUAACUCAAAUGCCAGCACUGGUUCUGCUUCGUAUUCUGUCAACUUCACGCAUGACAUGUUCACCAAGAAUUUAAAUGCUGAUCUCACCAAUCCGAAUGUUUACAAUCCGUAUGAAGAUCCCUUGAAGGUGGAGCAUGUCUACGAUGAAAUUAAGCAGAAAGAGGGUUACAAUAAUCCCGUCAAAGUCUAUUGCAAGCAACUAUUUCCUGAGGGUAAGAAAACGAAUUCAAGCCAACAAUAUGUGAUCUGGUAUGAGUACGAUCACUUGGACUACUCGCGACCGAGCACAUCGCAAAAGCCGCAUUAUCAUCGCAUGAACGACACAACGCUCAAUAUAAACCGUGACGAAGAGAAGCCGAGCAACUUGAAGGCGAUGAAUCAACUGUUGGAGAAACCAACCGCCGCCGCUAAUGGCAAAGCGGUAACAGCAUUCGAGGAGGCGCACGAAGAAGAAGCUGAAGCAGCCUCUACGUCCCUAGCAGCACUUACUAAGCAAUUUACCGCAAGUGCUGAAGACACGACAAGUGAUAGCAUUUGCGAUAAUGCAUCGACUGCCUCGCCCAGUUCCAAUACAAGUCAAGCGAUAUAAAUGCGUGCUUUAAGAGCAACAUACAUAUAUAUAUUUUUUAAUUGCUUUAAUAAUUUUGUGUAAAUGCGUUCAAUUAUAUUUUCUAAGAAGUUUUGUAGAGAUAUGCAAUUUAUGCAGCGUGAAAGCAAUAUUUGUAUAUGCAAAAGCUAGAAGUAACUUUUGUUAAAUUUUUUUUUAAAUUUUUUAUUUGUUUAGCGCUUUUGUUGUUAUUUUAAUAACAAAUAGUCUCUUUUGCCAAUUUUUAGAGUUCACGCUUAGAAUGUGCAAGUUUCGCGCUCUCAUAUUUAUAUGCUUUUGUAAGCAGCACCAAUCGCUUUCUCAAGCGCAGGUGUGAAUUAUAUAGCAUAUCAUACAUAUUUAUAUAUAUGUAUUGUAGAUAUAUUUUUUUUAAUUUGCAUAUAAUUUAUUCACUUAUAAAUUUAUGUAUUUGGAACUGCUCAGCAUAAUUGUACACCUACACUAUAUUUGUAUAUUUCUACGCUCGAAUAAUUUGUAUAUUUUUUAUAGCUUUUAUUUAUAAUAUAAAAUCAUUAAAAGCAGCGUGCGAAAAAUUUAAAAUUUAUAUAUUUUUUAUUAUUAUAUUUUUUUUUUAAUUUUUUUUGUAAUUAUUUUUUUAUAUUUUUUUUAUAAUUUUUUUUUUAUUUUUUUAUCGUUUCUAAUUAUUUUAUUUUAAUUUCAUUUUUUUAUAUUAUUAUAUUUUUCCGAUUUGCUCAUUCUAUAUAAUGCACUAAUUCUUAGUAAUUAAAUUUAUUAUUAUAAUUUUAAUUUAGGAAAAACAGACUUAUGCAUGUUUCAAAGUAAAGGCGUGUUUUAGCUCACUUCGAUAUAUUUUGUGUGUUUGAUAUUAUCUAUAGUAAAUAGUGAUACUGUGUUUUUUUAUACAAUAUAAAGAGAUACAUAUAUAUUUAGUAUAUAAAUGCCCAAAAAAAAUUAUGAAUUCUACACUAAAAUAAUUGCAAUUAAUUUCUUAAAGAAAACGUAAAAUCAAGUAAUUAGAAAAGUUAAAAUUUUGGAAAUGAAAAAAUUAAAACCAAAAUUUUAAGAAAAUUAAAAAAAAAUAAAUUUAAAAAAAUUAAAAAAAGUAUAUUUGUUUGCAAAUUAAGAAACAAUUUAUAAUAAAAAUAAAACAAAUAUAGCAGACAUUAAAAACGAAUUAAAAAAUGUAUGCAGCAGCUCAAAUUGUGUUAAUAUUGAAAAUUACAUUCCUAGAACAUAUAUUGCAAAAACUGCAAAAAUUAUUAUUGAAAAUAAUUCAGAAACUAAAAAUAAUGAGUACACAAUUGGGAAAUAUAUUUGAAAUCUUCAAGCACUUAAAUAUAAAAAUCAAAGAAAAUUAAAAAUUUUGUGACUUAAAAAUCUUUAAUAAAAAACAUAAUUUUCAAAAAAAAAAAAACAAAAUUCAAAAUUAGAAUAAAUUAAAAAAAUUCUGAAAUCAGUCAAAAUUAAAUAAAAAAUUAUAUCAGAUUAAUUGUGAGUAAUUUUCAAAAACUGCCUGCUAAAACAAUUCGAAACAAUUUGCUCAAGACACGAGACACAAUAAUUAUAAAUAUUAAUAUAAUAUUAUAUCAUAUAUAUAAAUGUGUGUUGUUUAAUACCGUGUUAUCAGUUAUAUAACGAGUACCUCUUCCCAAAAAAUAAAAAAAAAGUAUAACAAAUUAUAUAGUGUAAGGUUUACAUACAAUUUUGGAAAGAAAAAUUAAAUGCGCAUAUCCGCCAUAUGUAAACAAUAUAUACAAGAAAGCAUACAUAUACAAAUACAUAUAUACAUUAAUGAGUGAGAAGCAGCAAUAAACAAAACUAGAAUUUCAACAAUUUUCGAAAAAAAAUUUAGACAAAAAAAAUUCAAAUUUUAAUAAAAUAAAAAAAAAUUGCAAAAAAAAAAUAUUUCAAAAUUUUAAUUAACUAAAAUCGACAAGAAUUGAUUAAAAAAUAAAUAAAUUAAAAUAUAAUAAAAUUCAAAAUUAAUUGAAAAGCAACAAAAACGAACAAAUCGAAUAUUAAACAACAAUUAUUCGGAUCAAAACAAAUCAUAAAACCCAUGCAAUCAAUUAGUAGAUUACUAAAAAAUGUUGUUAAAAUUUCAAAGUUAACGUGUGAAGUAAAAAAUAUAUAUAUUUUAUUAAUAUUAAAAUUUAUAGAACCCAUACAUAUAUAAAGCAUUUCAAAAAUAUUUUAAUAUUUGAAAAAAAAAAUACGGGCAAUAAUUUGUAAAAAUUUUAAACCCUUUAGUAUAAGAUUUACAAAGUAAAAAUGAAAUCAUAAUUAUUAUCAUGCGCCAAAUUUUAAAAUAAUCAUAUAUUUAGUGUUUUUUAAGUAAGUUAUAUACUUCUACAUAUAAAGAAUUAAGCUAUUUCAUAGCAAUAAAUAUAAUUUAGAAAAAAAAAACAAAAUACAUUCGAGUGAGAGCAAUAAGAGAAUGCAAAGCAUAUUAAGUAAUUUACGAUUUGUAAGAAGCAGAAGUUGAAAGUUAAACUUGCAAACAGCACUUUGGUGUGCAUUUUAAACAACAU